AAAUUUCACAGCGCGCAUACGGAGAGUUGAGUUUCUUGCAGUCUAAAAUCUAUUCAUUCCAGAACAGGAUACAGCGCUGGCCCAGUUCAAUAUAUUCUUUCGCUGUGGAUUCUGGGAGUUGAGGACACUGUCCAAGCUUGUUGUAGCCUACCGGGUGUUGACAGAAGACACGUUGCUGUUCCCCUUUUCUGCCUACAUGUGGACGAGAUCAAAUGGACCGUUUACACCAGGAAAUCGUUCUCUUGACAGACCCCGCAACAACAACAAAAAAUAACUCUUAAAUCGCGGUCUUGUGCACCUGGAUGGCUCUGACUUUCUGACAGAUGUUGCUCUGUUCAUUUGUCAGUCAAUUGGAGUGCAUUUACGUCUCAAUCUGGUCAUUGCAAAUUUGUAUAUUUUAUUCUUCAGAAAGAAAUGUCUUCACCCCUUUGUAGCAGCAUGAUAUGCAUUUGUUUUAGGCCCAUUGUAUUAUAACGUAUCAAUUGAUCCUUUAUUGCGUAUAAGUGAGCUUGAGGUAGGCUACUUUAUAGAAAGUAGGCCUGUUCUUAGYUACAGAUUGUUACACCAGAAUGUGAUUUAACCAAAGAUUUGUUACAUCAGAUAAUGUUAUUUAAACAAAGAUUUUUGGUAUCUAUUAUAGUACUGGGAGUUAYAGGUUUGCCUAUACAAAACGUCGCCAGAGAAUUGAACCUGGUAUUGGCGAUACGAUCUUCGUUCUCGAUUCAGCCAAACAUGUAUCUUCUAAAAUGUUUUUUUUGUCCAGUUACAGGUGGUGUGUUUUGAAGUUAGAAAAUGAUCCAUUAUUUAAAUAACAAAACAUUUUCCUCCAUGAAGUAAUCCAACAAUGUGUAUGCCGCCAUCUUGUAUAUUUCAAAUCUUCUCUCAUUGAUCAAGACAGGUGAGUGUCAUCAUGACAUGCGGCACAUUGUGGUGGACCCACCUGUUCAACCAAUGAGAGAAGAUUUGAAAUAUAUAAGAUGUCGGCUUACACAUUUGUAUUUAUUUUAGUAACGGAUAAUUUUUUUUACUUCUAACGCACCACCUGCAACUGGACACAAACAUUUUAGAAGAUACAUGUUUGGCCAAAUCGAGAACGACAAUAGCAUCGCCAAUACCAGCAGAACAUCACACUGGUAGCGACACCAUGUCCAGCCGAGGAGGAAAAAAGAAGAUGACCAAGAUGUCCAGGUCGACGAAGGCCGGAGUCAUCUUCCCUGUGGGGCGAAUGCUGCGCUACAUCAAGAAGGGUCUGCCCAAGUACAGGGUCGGUGUGGGUGCCCCAGUCUACAUGGCCGCUGUUCUGGAGUACCUCACUGCUGAAAUUCUGGAGCUGGCGGGCAAUGCAGCCAGGGACAAUAAGAAAGGACGUGUCACACCACGACACAUCCUUCUAGCCAUCGCCAACGACGAGGAGCUCAACCAGCUGCUAAAAGGUGUGACAAUCGCAGCCGGCGGAGUCUUACCUAACAUCCACCCUGAGCUGCUAGCUAAGAAGAGGGGGUCAAAGGGCAAGCUGGAGGCUGUCAUCACGCCUCCUCCCGCCAUCAAGAAAUCCAAGAUGUCCUCCACUAAGAAAUCGUCCAAAAAGGCAGCUGCAGGGAAAAGGGCCAAAGCAAAGCAGAAACAGGGAGAGGUGAGCAAAGCUGCCUCGGCAGACAGCACCACGGAAGGAACACCUACGGACGGAUUCACUGUCCUCUCCACCAAGAGUCUUUUCCUGGGUCAGAAGCUAAACCUGGUUCAGGAGGUCAGUAACUGGGCUGGCUUUGACGUGGAGGGGGUCAUCACACCCCAAUGCAGACAUGACCUUAAAGAUGAUCUAGGUGGUGCUCUGGAGAAGAAGGGAGGGGAGGAGUUUGUGGAUGCCAUGUUGGAGUUACGGAAGAAGAACGGUCCCCUGGAGGUGGCUGGAGCGGUGCUGUCCUCUGGCUAUGGGCUUCCUGCCAAGUUUGUGAUCCACUGCAACAGUCCAGGCUGGGGUUCGGACAAGUGUGAGGAGCUGCUGGAUAAGACCGUGAAGAACUGCCUGGCCCUGGCGGACGAGAAGAAGCUCAAGUCUGUGGCCUUCCCUUCGAUUGGCAGUGGAAGGAAUGGCUUCCCGAAGCAGACGGCUGCCCAGCUCAUUUUAAAAGCCAUCUCCAGUUACUUUGUUGCCACCAUGUCUUCUUCCAUCAAGACGGUCUACUUCGUGUUGUUCGACAGCGAGAGCAUAGGGAUCUAUGUGCAGGAAAUGGCCAAGCUUGACACAAACUAAGCCCCCCCCCCAUUUGCAUUACUACAGGCUUGUUUAGAAUUUUAUUUGGAGAGAAAAAUGAAAGAUGUUUACCAGGGAUUUUGUAAAAAAAAAAAACAAAAAAAAAACUAAACUUUAUUGAGAGGAAGUGAUUUACGUUAUGUUUUAUUUGUUGAGAUGAAUCGUUGGAGUUCAGAUGGUAAUGUGUCCCUGGUGGCGUCAGACCUGGGUCCCGCUCAGAAGGGCGACACGUUCUGAAUGUCAUCUUCUUCUCUCUGACAUGAUUCCCCAAUUUGUACAUGACACAGUCUGUUCUGUUGUGUUUCCACUGAGCGUUUCUGUAAUGUUCCACCCCGCUGAGCAAGGACCUGGUCGAAUGUUUCCGUAAUGUUCCACCCCGCUGAGCAAGGCCCUGGUCCAUCAGGAUGGUGUUCCUUAAGUUCCUUGUGGUAAUUAUUUCUUAAGUUCUGUGUUUGCUAAAACUGAAAGGGUUGCAUUCCGAGUGUUGCAGUACCGUGGUCUUUGUGAGAUUUGUCUCAAUUUGUCUUUAAAAAAAACAUUUGGGAACAGAACCUUUCUAUGUUCAUGCUGUAUUAACAGUGGUAUGUCCUAGAUGGAGUGAGUGAAAUGUUUUAGUAAAAUAUUAGACAGUGACAAGGUUUUCCUAUUUUUUUUUUUACGGUUUGCUUUUAUUCUGAUUUUCACUUUGCCAACUCUAAAAGAAACGUAUUUGAAAAGAAAAGUGAUUUGUGUUUUUAUUCAGUUAUAAAGCUAUUGACAGUGUGUCGCUUUUUGUUUUGAGGAGUUGAAAGAAGUACAGGCUUUUGCUUAUAGGCAAUUAGUCCCCUCUCUGCUUACAGGCAAUUAGUCCCCUCUCUGCUCACAGGCAAUUAGUCCCC